GUGUGAGUGAUAAACACUUUAAAUUGCGAUUGAGAGAGAGAGAGAGAGAGGAGAGAGAAAGAAAACCCCAGAGAGAGAAAGAUCAGAGAGGAGUGUGCUGCUGCUUAUCCUGCUGUUUCUUCUGUUGCUUUUAGGCCAUGGCGGCGUGGCAGAGCUCUAAUUCUACACUACUAACUUCUACUGUCUCUUAAAUGCUCCCCAUCACCCCCAAAAUCUCUCUCUCUCUAAAAAGUCUUCUCAUCUCACUUUGUUCUGUCCAAGAAAAAAGCUGCAAUUUUCAUUUCUUCUGCAGAUUCAAUCACUCCCCCCAGGCCCCAGGCCACAUAGAUAGAUAGAUAGAAACAAAUUUUGCUUUUUUUUUUUUUUUUUUGGGUUUAAUGAUUGUGUUGUGUUUUUGUGACUGUAACCCCGAAUUUACGACAAGAUCGAUCAAGAAAACCCUUUAGAGUUUAGAGCAGCUUGAGGUGUCAGCGUAUUAAAAUGGCGGGUUUCUUUUCCCUGGGCGGCGGAGGAGGAAGAGGAGGCGCCACCACUAACACCCAGGACCACCACCGGGAAAGCAGCAGCCAGCCCAACGAAAUCAACCCGGAAAGUUGGUUUCUUUACCGGAAUGACCAGGAAAUGGCGCCGGCGGGGUACAAAGGAUUCGAGCUGUGGCAAGAUCAACCCGCGGCGGCGCACCAAAUUCGCCACCACCAAAUCAACCCAUUGCAAGAUCUUUACUCCUCCGCCGUGGGUCUGGGCGUGGGGCCGAGCCGCACCGCCGCCGCCGCCGGGAUCGACGAGCAUUCCCGGUCCGCCGCGUUCGUCACCAUGAUGCGCAGCGGCGUCGGGUCCACCGGCGGCGGGAUUAGCUGCCAGGACUGCGGCAACCAAGCCAAGAAAGACUGCUCCCACAUGCGGUGUAGGACUUGCUGUAAGAGCCGCGGGUUUCAGUGCCAAACGCACGUCAAGAGCACCUGGGUUCCGGCGGCGAAACGCCGUGAAAGGCAGUCUCAGCUCGCCGCUUUACAACAACACCAAGAAAACGCUAAUAAUAAUCAGCAAAGCCUUCAGCUUCGUAGUAGCAGCAGCAGAGAAUUAACCCCCAAAAGACACAGAGAAGAUCCAUCCGCUAAUAAUUCCUCUCUUGCUCGUUUGCCCACCACCGGAACCCCACCGGCCGGGUUAGAAGUGGGGAAUUUUCCGGCGAAAGUGAGCCUCACGGCGGCGUUCCAGUGCGUGCGGAUGAGGUCGGUGGACGACGGGGACGAUCAGUACGCGUACCAAGCGGCGGUGAAUAUCGGCGGCCACGUGUUCAAGGGAAUUCUGUACGACGAAGGGCCGGAGAGCCAGUACUUGACGGCGGGGGAGAGCUCGUCUGGCGGCGGCAGCGCCGCCGCCGAACACAAUUUACUCCCUAGCACCGCCGCAACGUCGACUGCGGCCGCGGCGCCGGCGAGUGAUCAUCAAGGAUCCGGUUAUGUGGACCCCUCCUCUAUAUAUCCUGCUCCGCUCAGCACAUUCAUGGCUGGUACGUUCUUCCCACCUCCUGCAAGAUCUUAGAUCAGAGCUCCGAUCCCCCAACAUCAUUAUUCAGAAAAACAAAAACAUUAAAAAAAAAAAAGAAAUUAUAUUUAGGAUUCGACAAAAAAGGAGAAAAACGCGGGUACUAUGUCUGGUUUAUUUUCCACUUCAAAUUUCUAUGACAAGUUGAAUUUUUGUUUCAUAUAAAUAUAUAUAAUAUAAUUACUCUUUUGAAUU